UCCAGUCGAAACAGGCAGCACAGGCGAAGCACGGGUCUACCGAGUCAUUCUGAUAGAGUCGCUAGCUUGUGACCCAGCUUGGGAUAUUUAAAGGAAGAAACCGAUACAUGUUAUCAUUUGCCUGUUUUUUUCUUUUGGAAUUUGGGUCUAAGAGUUAUCUGUUGCGUUCUCAGGGAAGGUUUUCGAGAUCUGAAUGUUUUUUACGACCGGAGAGGGCUAAGGAUUUGGAGCAAAAAAAAAGAAACUGAUUCUAACUCGGUAGCUGAUCUGAAACUUCAACAGCUGAAAAGCUUGAUCAAAAAUAUUACAGCUACUGGAGCUUCUGUAAGCAGACGCCUACUCUGAUACUAGGUUACCCGACUGUUUCAGCACAGGCUAUGUUCGGUCUUUAAACCAUUCAGCGCCUCGCCUAGUGAAAUUCACUGCAUAUAAUCAGCGACUAGAAAGUUGCUGGAAACACAAGAAACACGGCAUCAGAAUACAGGUGACCAAGAGCUCUUUGCUGUCGGAGGACAUGGAAUCAACAAAGGCUGGGGGAGUGAUAGCCUACAUCAGCUCUUCCAGCUCUGCCUCAAGUCCGGAGUCGUGCCUCAGCGAUUGCUCCAACAGCAGCUACCGGUCGGCGUCCCCGCCGUGCGCACCCUCCCCGGGCCGCAGGGAGGUGCUGACACGGGGACAGCCGCUCGUUCGGCCCCAGAGCCAUGUGGGGGGCAAAGCACGCUCACCCUCCUCCUCCAAAUGUGCCGUCACGAAGAUCAGCGGUCUGGUGCUGCUAUGUAAAGUGUGUGGGGACGUGGCUUCUGGCUUCCACUAUGGCGUACAUGCCUGCGAGGGCUGCAAGGGCUUCUUCCGGAGGAGCAUUCAGCAAAACAUCCAGUACAAGAAGUGCCUUAAGAAUGAGAACUGUCCCAUCAUGCGUAUCAACAGGAAUCGCUGCCAGCAGUGCCGCUUCAAGAAGUGUCUACUUGUCGGCAUGUCCAGAGAUGCUGUGCGUUUCGGCCGCAUCCCCAAAAGGGAGAAGCAGCGCAUGCUCUUGGAGAUGCAGAGCGCCAUGAACAACAUGAUGAACACCAAGCAGCUCAGCAGCCAGGCCCCACCCUUCCCAGCCAUGGCGGCCACCUCUGGGCAGCUGCCUUCUGCAAGCUCCUCCCUUUCCCCCACCUCUUCCCCCCAGAGCAGCCAAUCAGAGUCCAGAGCUGAUCCUGAGUCCCUGGCUGCCAUGGACACGAGCCCAAGCUCAGAUUCAUGCAGCACCACAGACAGCAGCGAGGAGGAGCUCAUCUGCCCGGCAACUGGAAUGCGCCAGGACGUCCUCGUGUAUGGUCAGGAGUCAGCCGGGGCCCUGUACUCCUCCACCGGCCGGCACACGGAGGAGGCGCGUGAUGUGUGGAACCGCCGCAAUGACGUUACCACGGUAACGAGUGAACUUCCACCCGAGGAUAGCCAUCUCAGCCACUGCCCUGUCAGGGUGGCCAACAGAACCCCCAAUGGCCACUGUCCUGUCAGACCGCCCAGCGGCACCCAGUGCUCCACCUCUGUGAUUGGCCGUUCGCUGCGAGCACCCAAUGCCAAUGAUAUGCUAGCUAACAGCAGUAAAGCAUGGAGCGGCGGCAACAGGAUGCAUCUGGUGUGUCCCAUGAACACUUCGCCCUAUGUGGACCCGCAAAAGUCGGGCCACGCGAUCUGGGAGGAGUUCUCCAUGAGCUUCACCCCUGCUGUCAGGGAGGUGGUGGAGUUCGCCAAGCGGAUUCCCGGAUUCACGGAGCUCUCUCCGCACGACCAGGUCAGCCUGCUGAAGGCGGGCACUUUCGAGGUGCUGGUGGUGCGUUUUGCCUCGCUGUUUGACGCGACGGAGCGUGCCGUCACCUUCCUAAGUGGGCGGAGGUACGGUGCGGAGGCGCUGCGUUCCAUGGGGGCCGGAGACCUGCUCGCCUCCAUGUUCGACUUCAGCGAGAAGUUGAGAGCGCUCGGCCUGAGUGACGAGGAGCUGAGCCUCUUCACCGCUGUGGUGCUGGUGUCUGCCGACCGCUCGGGCCUGGAGAACGUGAACUCCGUGGAGGCUCUCCAGGACACACUAAUCCGCGCCCUGCGCAGCCUCAUCACCAAGAACCACCCGAAUGAGAUCGCCAUCUUCACCAAGCUACUGCUCAAGCUGCCCGACCUGCGCUCCCUUAACAACAUGCACUCCGAGCAGCUCCUUGCCUUCAAGGUCCAGCCCUGAGCGUGAGGCCCCUCCCCCUGGAGCCGUGGACCACCCACCACUUCUAGGCCCCGCCUCCAGAACCACCAGGGCUUCAACCAUUUUAUCUGUUAUCUGCUUGUUCUGCUCGGCUGCUGGUCCACUUUUCACCCUUCACAGGCGAUUGACCGGGGUGAUCGGGGGUCUGGGGAUCGUACUGUAUGGACUCUGCGGUGGGGCAUGCACGCACUGCGAUGGAGAUUUGGACGCAGCCGUCCUUAAACAUUCGUGGGAAGCAAACCUCUUGAAUUUAAAUUUUUUCCUAGAUUUGUAAUGUUUAACUAUACUGUCUGUGCAAUAUGUGAACCAUGUUGACUAUUUUUGUUUUGUUGUUGUUGCUCUUGUUGUUUUGUUUCUUGUCUUAUUUUUGGUUGCAGAGCUGUGUAUGACUUUGUGUUGGGUGAUGUUUGGAGGGCACCAAGAGGGCCUGCGCUGUUAACUUAAGCAGCUGGUGUCUACCAGAGAUGUAUGUGGAGGAGAGCGUUGGCAGGAUGUUUACAUACCUCCCCGUUUAAGCUAAAUAUAAGUAAAGGAAAGCUAGCACGAGGAGUGCGGUUCUAACUCCUCUCUAAAAAAAAAUACAACUGAGGACCAGAGGAAUGUGGAAGGAGCUGCUAAUUAAAGCUUUCCAGUGUGACAGGUGGCACAUGGCACUGUGCCCUUCUCUUUAAUUGCAGAGAGACCAGAAUGUUAAAGGGAUAUAUAUAUAUGGAGAUAUAUAAAAAAUGGUUGAGUGGGAGAGAGAGAACGAUAUAAUAUAUUUUCAUGCUUGAAAGUUCUAGCUGAGUAAAAGCAGAACACUGAAUUUUAGUCUAGCAUAAGGGUGUGGCUGUAUAUAUGUUUUGUGAGUAGUAGGGAUAUAGUUGGUAGUAUCGAUUAAAAAUGCUCUGGCAGUGUUUUUACUUUAGGGGAAUUUAGGAACAAACUUGACAAGUAGGAAGCUUGCAUGCACUGUCCACUGGCUUCUGAUGGGACCUAAUCGAAACAUUCUGAAAAUUUGUUAUAAGAAAAAAAACAAACACUCCCUCGUUGCUUGUCAGUACUUUUAGAAGAUUCUUGUCUCUUUUGGUGAGGAGUUAUUACUGAACAGAAAAAGGAGGUUUUCAGACUAAUGUCAUGCUCACUGCAAGUCUGGAUCUCAGUUUUAUUGUUAAGGUCAUUUAAAAAGUUUUUAUUUUUUCUGGUCAAGUUUGUUCAAUGACAGUAGUUAUUUCAUUUUUAAAAGCUGUGCAAUCAGUAAAAUGUGUAUUCUUAUACAUAAACAUAUUUCAGACAGAAGCGUG